AGGGGAGCUGCUUGAAUGGUGGAGCUGGCGCAUGCGCCGGGCGCGGGUCGAUACUUGGUGACGUCAGCCGCGGAGGGGUCUCAGUCAGCCGCUGUCGGCCACAGCGCGAACAUGUGGUUGCAAUGCUUGGCUGCGACGUUGCUCAUCGCCGCUGCCGCGUCCCGAGAGGUCUUCACCAACACGUUCCUCGUGCGCUUCAAGCGCUCCGUGCAGCACGACGAGGCGCACCAGCUGGCGCUGCGCCACGGCUUCGACAGCCUCGGACCGGUGCUGGGCUCUGACACAGAAUGGCACUUCGCGCACCGCGGCCUGCCGCACGCGCGCCCGCGCCGCUCCAUCGCACACACGCGCAUGCUCAAGCAACACCCACUUGUUCACACAGCAGUACAACAGACCGGUUUUAAAAGAGUAAAGAGGGGAUUUCGCCCCUUAAGGCUACCGGAACCUGCGCCAGUGCCCGCAGCCGAGCCCCGUGACCCCUAUUUCCCCCUACAAUGGUACUUGAAGAAUACUGGACAAAAUGGGGGGAAACCUAAACUGGAUUUGAACGUGGAAGCCGCCUGGGCUCAAGGGUAUACGGGGGUGAAUGUCACAACUGCUAUUAUGGAUGAUGGUGUCGACUACAUGCAUCCAGAUUUGAAGUACAAUUAUAACGCAGAGGCUUCGUAUGACUUCAGCAGCAACGAUCCGUUUCCCUAUCCUAGAUAUACGGACGACUGGUUUAACAGUCACGGUACACGAUGUGCAGGGGAGGUUGCAGCGGCGAGAGACAACGGGGUGUGUGGCGUCGGAGUAGCGUACCACUCUAAAGUUGCAGGUAUAAGGAUGUUGGACCAGCCCUACAUGACCGAUUUGAUCGAAGCGAACUCCAUGGGGCACGAGCCCCAUAAGAUACACAUCUACAGCGCUUCCUGGGGGCCUACGGAUGAUGGCAGGACCGUUGAUGGACCCCGUAACGCCACCAUGAGGGCUAUUGUACGAGGAGUGAAUGAGGGUCGUAACGGUCUGGGCAACAUCUACGUGUGGGCGAGCGGUGAUGGCGGCGAGGAUGAUGACUGCAACUGCGAUGGGUACGCAGCCUCCAUGUGGACCGUCUCUAUUAACAGUGCCAUAAACGAUGGUCAGAACGCGCACUACGAUGAAUCCUGCUCAUCAACGCUGGCUAGUACAUUCAGCAAUGGUGCCCGAGACCCCAGCACUGGGGUGGCCACUACCGACCUCUAUGGAAAGUGUACUGCAACUCACUCAGGAACUUCAGCUGCUGCGCCUGAGGCUGCCGGAGUUUUUGCGCUGGCUCUGCAUGCUAAUCCCAGUUUAACGUGGCGAGACAUCCAACACUUGACUGUUUUGACAUCAAAGCGGAAUUCUCUUUAUGAUGCCAAGGGCCGUUUCCAUUGGACUAUGAACGGCGUGGGACUAGAGUUCAACCAUCUCUUUGGGUUCGGUGUAUUGGAUGCGGGCGCCAUGACAGCAUUGGCUGCCAACUGGCGAUCCGUGCCACCACGAUACCAUUGCGAGGCUGGAUCUGUUAAUACACAUACUGAAAUCCCAUCAGAAGGUCUCCUGACCCUGAAGAUUGAUACAACAGCGUGUGCUGGUACUCCGAGCGAGGUCCGCUACCUGGAACACGUGCAGGCCGUGGUCAGCGCCAACGCCAGCAGGCGCGGAGACCUUGAACUCUUCCUCACUAGUCCUAUGGGCACCAGAUCAAUGAUCCUGAGCAGGCGCGCGAAUGAUGACGACUCCCGUGAUGGUUUCACCAAGUGGCCGUUCAUGACCACACACACUUGGGGAGAAUACCCUCAGGGCACCUGGAUCUUAGAGGCACGCUACAACGGUGGUCCAAACAGCAACCCAGGUGACUGGUCAGGGUUCUUCCGAGGCUGGUCUCUAGUGCUCCACGGUACUAGGGCACCCCCCUACGCCCAACUCCAGCCCCAGGAUCCCCACUCAAAGCUCGCCGUCGUCAAGAAGGCUCACGAAGACAACGCGAUCAACUAAUACAUAGGAACCACACCAGGUUUUCAUCACUAAUCAGGGUUCGCUAGUUGAAAUUUUAGUUUAGAAGAUAUUUUUUAAUAUUUGGUACAAAAAUUUUAGGAAAAUUUUAUAGAUGGAAACUUAAAAUCGCUGAAUAUGAUGCUUGUCAACGUAGUUUGAGUUCUAUAGUCUUUACUGUGAAGGUAUGUUUUUAUUUGAACGAAGGUCAUCUUGAAAUAUAUAGGGCUAUACAGCAGAAAUUCUUGUUGAGUGUUUUCUGGAAUCUGGUGGUAAACUGGUUGGAAUUGAUUGGUUUAAGACAUCUACUGCAGGGGCCUCAGCAAUUGUCAAUCACGCAGACAGGUAGAUUUCAGGUUUAAAGUGAUGAUUUUUUCGUGAACACCACAUUUUAGUGUAUCUCAUCAAAUGACUUAAAAUGCAUUUUAUGAACGCAAGCAACUGAUCAGUGAAGAAAACUUGGAUUUGAAAACAAUGUAGGCAUAACAUAUACUACAAAGCAUUACAGAAAAUUAGCUUUUUUAAUUACAAAAUCCUUCAAACAGAGGCAAGUUGCAUAACUACAAAAUUACAGAUCGAUUAAAUAUUUAAUGACUCUGUAAUAAAUGUUAUGUCUACAAAAUAAUCGAGCAUCUGUAAAAACUUAUGUAUUUUUGUACAUAGUUUUCACAGAAGCAAAAAAUAAUAUUUUGUUAAUUAAAUUAUUUAUAUUUCUGUAAUUUAUUUUUGUUAAACGGUAACUGAGUAAUUAUUUUAUCUAUUUAUGUUGCUUUAAAUUAUUUUAUUUUAUGUAUAAUAUUAUUUGUUAAAAAUAAAUUAAUUUAUGGAAUGUUACCGUUUAUAACUAUUUAUGGCAUAAAAAAAGAAAUGGCGAUUUUUUUAUUAUAUGUAUGAAAAGGGAAUUGAUAGGUUGGAUUAAUUCCUGAAUAAAAUUGUUCAAAAUAUUUUCAACUUCCUUCUUUAAAAAAAAAACAAUCUUUUUUAUUACUUUUUAAAACGAUUCUAGUCAUUUUGUUUUCCUAAUAAUAUUGUUAAAAAUUUUGUUAAAUCUGUGCUUAAAAUACUAUUAUAAUAUUUAAAAAGCUAGUUUUGUUAGAAAUAUGAAAUAUUUUUUCUUACAUUAAAGAUUGGAAUGACGUUAUUUUUAUAAUAAAAUUCGCAGUAGAAUGUAGAAUAUAUUUAUUUUCUAUGAAUUUUGUUCAUCUUCUUUAUAAAUCUAGAACUUACAUACAGACGGACAUAUCAGGUAAAACGUCGUAUUAAUCGCCCUACAUUUGACACAAAAUAUCAUCAUCUAAUAAUUAUGUUUUAUUUCAUAAAAUGUUAGAAGUUGAACAAGAUUUAUUAUAGAAUAGAUACAUUUUAUCCAGCAUUUAAAUUCACAUUAAUUAUUUUUAUUGUAGCCAAAUUAAUUUGUCAUAAAUAUUUUUGUAUUUUUUGUAGUUAAAGUAGCCAAUUUAUUUAAUUAAUCAUUUUUUAAAUUAAAUUAAUACGUUUGUAAUUUUUGAUUGAAUUCAAAUGGCCUUUAUUUAACCCAGCUAAAUGAAGUUCAUUUGAAUAUUUUUGGGUUAAAUAAUAAUACGUGUCGAAAGGCACGUAUGUUAUAGUAUUUACAAAGAAUAUAUUAGAAGAUUAUCGUUAUCAAAUAAGAUAUAAUAAAGCUAUUUAUAUAAAUAACAACAUGAUUAUACUUCCUUUGGGGCCCACAAACACUGAAAAGUAAAACAGCCUCUUUGCAUCUAUUUUCUUAAAGAAUAAAAUUUAUUAUUAAAAUAAAAGGUUUUAGCGUUUUCACUUCCAUAUUAACCAAGUAACUUUAUGUAUUUACAAUUAUGAGCAUAACCGUAGGAUUAAUACAAAAUCGUUAGGUAAUAAUGGUUAAGAAAUUAAAAAAAAACAUAUAAAGAAAAAUAUAUUAUGUACUACUAUUAUAGAAAAUAUAAUGUGAUUUGGUGUUGUAUUUGAAUUAAAUGAUGUUUUUGUAA